AUGGCGAUGCUCGCCAAUUACGCACCCACGGCUUUCUGGGCUGUCUACGAAAUUCUUUCUCGCCCGAGAUUGGCUCAGGAAAUCCGCGAAGAAGUCCGCAAGGCUAUCACCAAAGGUGAUGAAGCGGACUGGGCUCUCGACGUUUCAAUCCUCAAGACGGCCUGUCCUCUCCCGUUAUCUUCAAUCCAGGAGGCGCAGCGUGUGAACUCUGUCCAGGCCGGCAUCCGCGAAAUCCUCCGCGAUACGACCAUCCACACGGAAGACACUUCAGUUCUGUUAAAGAAGGGGAGCUACCUGCAAAUCAACGGCAUCUCGACGCUACGCGACCUGGAAACUUGGGGUUCUGACGCAGCCGACUUCGACCCGUACCGUUUCAUCAAGAUGAAGAGACCAGAGGCAAAUACACCAGUCGUGGCUGCUGCCAGCGAGUUGCCGCCAAACGCAUUUUCGGUUUGGGGCGUUGUGCCACAUAAGUGA